UUGUGCCUGCUUGACUGUCCUGAUGCAACAAAGUAAUAAUUAUGGCUAAACUCUGCCUACUUCUACAAUUUAUAUUCUUAAAAUUCAAUGUGAAACCUAACCCUAACGACACUGCUAAACGUAUGACUACCACUAGACAUAAAUGUUUUUUCAUACAGUUUUACGAUAUAGCCAAUUUUGCCUUUGUGGCUGUGGAUUCUAGUGGAAACCGCUUCCCACCGUGGGCGUUUCCCCCGCGAGCAAAUGUGCUUGUUUGUAACCACGGCAACGUCGGUCGACCCAAGGCAAAACAAGGUAAUUCCCCCCAAAAUUCCCAAGCAUGACUGCAACAAUGUCCAAGUCUCCUGGGGCUCGCAUGUAUCCCCCAGUAGCAAAACUCAACUUGGCUGCAGACCCCAGGAAGAUGCGCAGGAUCAUUGCAGAAGAUCCAGAGUGGUCCCUCACUGUAGUGCCCCUUUUAUCCAACCUCUGCCUGCAACACAUAGUGAGAAACUUUGAGGAAAAGCCCAUCCUCGAAGAACUUCUUCCCAGGCACAAAGACUUUGUCCUGGAGAGGCUCUCUCCGUCCCUGCCCCUGCAGGUGACUGCCAACCUGAUCAGCGACGACGGCUACUGGAAGCGCUGCUGCAAACAGCGCUGGAGCCUGUGUGACGUCUCCUCAUACGGCCACAGCUGGAAGCGCAUGUUCUUUGAGAGGCACCUGGAGAACAUCAUCGAACUCUACAUUCCUAAUGUCACUGACCCCAAGACGGUGCUGGGCAUGGUGCCUCUGUGCCGGAACUACGUGAAGAGGCUGGACAUCUCACAGCUGAUGCCGCCAAUCAAGGAGCCCCAGAAGUCGGAGGACGACGACAACUCGGACUCGGCCAGCGACAUGGGCAUGGAUGGGCCAUCCAUGGACCACUUUGACUUUGGCAUCCUGCUGGACAAGCUGAGCCAUCUGGAGGAGUUUCACGUGGUCUACCGGGUCAAGGGAUGCGGCAUGAACUUUGAGUGGAACCUCUUUGAGUUCACUUUCCGCGACUGCGAGUCGCUGGCCAAGGCCUUGAAGUCCUGUAAGACCUUGAGGGUGCUGAGGAUCCACCAAAGCAAAGUGGAUGACGAGAAGUGUCGUCAGCUUGUGAACAACCUCCUGGACCACCCGUCCCUCAGGGAGCUCAACCUCUCCCACAACCUCAUCGGGGACCGGGGCGCCCGGGCCAUCGGCAAGCUGCUCAACAGGAGUAAGCUGGAGAGCCUCACUGUCUACGACAACAACAUUCGGGGGCCGGGGGCCCAGGCUAUAGCCUACGCCCUGACCAAGAACUCCAGCCUGCUGUCCCUCAACCUGCGUCUGAACCGGCUGGGAGACGAGGGGGGCCAGGCCAUCGCCCAGGCCCUGCUGAAGAACCGCACCCUGAAAUGGCUGCACCUGGGAGGCAACGAAAUGACAGAGCCCACAGCCACGGUCCUGUCCCAAGUCCUGGUCCAGAAUAAUACGCUGAGGAGCAUCAACCUGUCCUGUAACAGGCUGGGUAUGGAUGGUGGUAAAGUGUUGGAGGAGGGCAUGUGUCACAACAGCAGCAUGGUGGAGUGUGAUAUCCGCCUGACAGAGGUGGGCCAGGAGAGUGACUACUGCAUCAGCCAGGUGGUACGCAACAAUCAGAACCAAGCACACAGGAAACACAACACAGAAGAGAACCUAGCCUAAACCUCAGAGCAUUAUUAAAUACAAAGAAGAAGAAUCAUCACUGAAUUAUCACAGUGAAUUAUUGUAAUGUUUGUUUAUGUGUCAAUUAAUCCCAUAAGGGAUGGGUUGCCAGCUGGCGAUUUGACAUGAAAAUACAUUUUGAUUCAUUAAUAUAAACAUACAGGCCAUUUAUGCUCACCAAAGUGCCACUUUGUCAUAUAUUGUAGACAGGAUGCCUACUAUUUGUUUCAUAUCUGCGAAGUUGUUAAAUGUAGCGAUGUCUGUAAUGUGUUACCACUGAAAUCAGAAGUUAGCUAAAUAGGCUACACCACUGUACCUUUGGCCCAUGGAAAAUAACCCCAGUUUAUUAGGAUGUAAUAAAUUGGCUUGGUCCGAAGGUCAGGGAUGAAUACUGACAUAGGUGUUAUUCUGGGAUGACUUCAGGUUGUUGAGGUCCACCACUGAGCUAUGGGGCACCUUCACUGUAUGUAGGCUACUCAUUGUUUGUAUUCACCGUUUAGUAAAUGUACAAAGUAGAAUUAUAUAUUUAAGCAAUAAGGCCCGAGGGGGUGUGAUAUAUGGCCAAUAUACCACGGCUAAAGGCUGUUCUUGAGUACGACGCAACGCGCAGUGCCGGGAUACAGCCCUUAGCUGUAGUAUAUUGGUCAUAUACCACAAACCCCCAAGGUGCCUUAUUGCUAUUAUAAACAAGUUACCAACAUAAUUAGAGCAGUAAAAAUAAAUGUUUUGUCAUACCCGUGGUAUACGGUCUGAUAUACCACGGCUGUCAGCCAAUUAGCAUUCAGGGCUCGAACCACCCAGUUUAUAAUAGCAUAUAAAUUAGUUUGGAAAGUUGGAUAUACUGGUAAAUAUAGGCUUUAUAUUAUUCUACCACAUGGGUUUCAGUGUGUACAUGUUAUAUGUCGUAUGUAAAAAUACAUUUUAUGUUUCAACAAUUUCACAAGCUG